CGCAUCGGCUGGUGCUCCCUCAAGGACAGCGGCGCCGCCGAGCCAGCUGGUGGCGGCAUUCAGAGGCUGCUGGACAGGCUGCCUGCCUCGCUGCGGGAGCUGGUGCUCUGCCUCCACUCGCCUUUGGGCCCGCGGACGAAGGUCACGGUGGAGUUCGACCCUGAUGGCUGCUUUAAUAACGUUUCACUGUCGGAGGGCGCGGUCCUGAUCAGCGCAGAAGAGUGCACCUGGCUGGCCCGCAUGCUGCUGUCCAACCGAGCAGCCCGGGGGCGGCAGCUUGGAUGCCUGCGCGUGUGGGAACUGACCGUGAAGGAGGCGGUGCUGUUCGAGACCCCGGAGCAGCUGCAGCCACUGCGGGAGCUGGCGGGGCGCUUUGCUGGCGUUGAGCUUAAGAGUCUAAGGCUGUGCGGCGCGAAGCCUGACACUGUCACAAACAGUCUUGCGACAUGUGACGUCCUCGGGAUCCCUGAGCAAGUGCGAUUUGCACCCGCUACACAACCGGGUCCAUCGCUAGGCAUCCGGCUUCGGGGGCCUGGGGUGCCGGCUCCGCUGGCGCCUCCACAGCCCGCUGCACCAGCACAGCUGCAGCCGGCGUCACCACAGCAGAAGGACCAGCACCCAACACCGGCUGCAGACGUAGCUGCAGGCUUAUUCAGGCGGUUGGCGGCGGCCCGUGGACGGAUGUCUUGCUUCAUGAUGCUGCACGGGCCCUUCAUGGAGAUCCUCUUGGAGCUGCAGGAGCCGCUCACAGCGUUCUUACGCAGCCUAGAGGAGCCCGCACUGCCGUUGGUUGGGGGCGACUCGGGCUCCUCUCGCCCCUUUGUGGCCUACCAGAGGCUCCCGGCAGCGUCUGCGCUGCUGGUGGAGUGCUGCAACCCGAAUGUGUUGGCCGUCACGGCGGUGUCGGCAGAGGCCAUGGUGAAGGGGGGCCACAAGGCGAGUGCGCUGCAGGUGGUGCCGCUGAAGAUGAAGUCGGAGACGUACAUGCAGUCCUCCUUCGGCACGGACCUGUACAAGGAGGCUUUGCAGCAGGAGCUUGAGGCCAUGUGGGGCGACGCGGGCGCCCGGCGGCUGUGGGGCGACCGGGAGUGGCUGCGGCAGCUGCUGCAGGCGGGCGGGCAGCUGGGGGAGCUUCCGCCGGCGGUGAAGCUGCAGGCUGCAUGACGAGGUUGGAGGGCAUUUGCUCGCGGAGGGAAGAAAUUUCGGAGUGAAGAACCAGGUAUAAAGGCGUGUGACGGGGCCUGCUGAAUGUGAGACAGCUGUAUUCAGAGGAUGGUAGUCGGUAGCACAUUGGAUCAGGCAAGUCCAUGGGGACUGGUCAAACCCUAAACUUCGUCCGAGCGUAGCUGCACCUGGCAGGUGCUAUGGGUGCAUCUUUGCAGGUUAGGUUAGCAUCGACCCCAUCCCAACACCCUAUUAAAUCUUGUGUCGUAGCAGCUGCAGUAUGCACAGCUAUACCUUACGUAUGUAUUGUCGUAAACCCCGGGGGAGCUGCCGCCAGAGGUGAAGCUGCGUGAGGACGCAAGGCCGGCUUAGUACUGCGCAGGCGGGCAUGGGGGUGUGAUGUAGGCAUAUGCGAUUGCGCGUUGAGUACAUAUAUAGCUGCGGCGGCUGAAGAGAAUUGAGAAGGUUGCACUUGCAUGGUGGUGAUCACUCUUGUGACAAGUGUCGGUGCAAGUAAGGGAUCUGCUGGCGCUAAUAUCAAACGAAUUUGAUGUUACUCGCAUCUGUGGUUGCAUAACAUCAUUUCCAAUUGUUUUUGUUCUAUGUCAUGUAUGCGAGUUGUAUGCAUACAGGACGUUGCGUAAUGCAAGGGUGUCGCAGGUAGGGAUGUGUUAGUGAGUACCGCUCACUACUUCUGUUGGUAUGUAAAUUCGAG